CAAGACAUCUUCCCACAGAUAUCUGUUAGCCAUACCGAUACCAUGUUUUCCUGUGUUCUAUCCCGCUCGUCUUCCAUCGCCAGCAAGGCGUCCCGGCGGUGCUUCUCCGCCCUACCCGAAACCAUGAAGGCGGCAGUGAUCCGCGAGGUAGGUGACGCGGACGCCAUGAAGAUCGAGACCGACUACCCCAUCCCCAGCAUGGGGCCCGGCCAGGUCAUCGUGAAGAACGAGUACGCYGGGAUCAACUUUAUCGACACGUACCACCGCAGCGGAUUGUACGCCCGCGAUCUGCCGUUCGUGGGCGGACAAGAGGGYGGGGGCACCGUGGCAGCGGUUUCGGACGAAGCCGCCGCRCAGGGCAUCAAGGUCGGCGACCGCGUCGCCUACUCGAUCCUGCAGACCUACAGCGAGUACUCUGCCGUCCCCGCCGCAAAACUCCUUCCCGUCCCGGAAGGCGUCGGUCUGGACGUAGCCACCUCGUGUGUGGUGCAGGGACUGACCGCUCACUACCUCACGGCCUCGGCCCACGCCGAUCUCAUCAAGCCCGGCGAGUGGUGCUUGAUUCACGGAGUCGGGGGUGGAACGUGCCAAUGGGCCGCCCAGAUGGCCAAGCUUCAGGGGUUCAAGGUCAUCGGGACCGUGGCCAAGGGAAAGGCCGACGUCGCCAAGGAUCUGGGGUGCGACGAGCUGAUUGUUCUGGACGAGGUCCCCGGCAUGAGCUUUGAGGACUACGAGAGCGUCGACGUUGUCGAACGCGUCAUGGAGGUUACCGAUGGAGUCGGAGCAAAGUGCGUCAUCGACGGAAUYGGAAAGAGCACGGUCGACAUCUCGAUCGGAUCUCUGGCCCAGAGGGGCAUCUUUGUGUCGUUUGGAAACGCCUCCGGAGCCGUUCCUGCCUUUCCGGUCUUGCGUUUGAUCGGAAAGUCCGCGUAUGUCACCCGACCCAAACUCCUCGACUACACCCGAGACAGAGAAGAAUUGCUGUGGAGAGCGGAAGAGAUUUUCGGAUGGUUGAAGGACGGCAAGCUUAACGUGUCAGUAGAUACCGUCUUCCCUCUCGACCAAGCCGCCGAGGGACACAAAUACCUCGAGGCAGGCAAAUCCAAGGGCAAGGUUCUCUACAAAAUCUAAGGAAUCGUAACAAWCCCCUGAACUGGAUGACUCAAAGCGAAUGAUUAACGAGUUCUUAUUAGAUUGCUUUCUUUCCACGCACGUCACGUUCGAG